AUGUACAGGAAGAACGCCAACUUUGUUGAGUGCGAAGAGGAGGUGCUGGAGUAUUGGAGGAGGAACAAAAGCUUCGAGAGGAGCUGCGAGAGAAGUAGGGGCCGGGAGAAGUUUACCUUCUAUGAUGGCCCUCCGUUUGCAACGGGACUGCCGCACUAUGGGCAUCUCCUUAGCGGGACAAUCAAAGACACCGUGACAAGGUUUUUCUACCAGCAGGGAUAUGAUGUCGACAGGAGAUUUGGAUGGGAUUGCCACGGACUUCCUGUUGAGUACGAGAUUGAUAAGAAGCUGGGGAUAAGCAGCAGGGCGGAAGUCCUGGAGAUGGGGAUUGGCAAGUACAAUGCCGAGUGCAGGGGGAUUGUGAUGAAGUACAGCAGCGAGUGGGAGGCGGUUGUGGAGAGGCUGGGGCGCUGGGUGAGCUUCCGGGACGGGUACCGGACCAUGGACAUGACGUUUAUGGAAAGCGUCUGGAACAUCUUUAAGGAGCUGUUCAGCAGGGGGCUAAUAUACAGAGGGUUCCGGGUGAUGCCGUUUUCGACUGCCUGCUCAACACCAUUGAGCAACUUCGAGUCGAACCAGAACUAUAAGGAUGUCAGCGAUCCAUCGGUUCUUAUUGCCUUUCCGCUCCUCAAACCCCUUGGGGGCUACAUGCUGUCGCUUGUCGCAUGGACAACGACACCCUGGACGCUGCCAUCGAACUGCGGGCUUGCGGUGAAUCCGGGAUUUCUGUACGGGGUGUUUGAACACAAGGAGAAGUUCUAUCUGAUGCAUGUGGACAGGAUUGGAGAGUACUUUAAGGAUGCCAGGAUUCUCCAGAGGGUUUCAGGCCGGGAGCUUGAGGGGCUUGAGUAUGAACAGCCGUUUGACUAUUUUGAGGAGUACAGGAAGAAGGGAUUCUUCAGGGUUCUCGCCUCUGGAUUUGUCACGGACACGGAUGGAACGGGUGUUGUUCAUUGUGCGCCUGGGUUUGGGGAGUGUGACUACAAUGCGUUUGUUGAAAAGGGCCUGAUACGAGAAAACGACCUUGUGCCCUGUCCUGUUGAUGAGAAUGGAAGGUACACCAGCGAGGUACGGAGGUAUGCAGGGAGGUACGUGAAGGACUGCGACAAGGCGAUUCUUUCCGACAUCAGGGACAAGGUUCUUAUGAACCAAAGGAUAGUGCAUAAGUAUCCGUUUUGCUGGAGGUCUGACACACCUCUGCUGUACAAGCUUGUUCCAAACUGGUUUGUCAAGGUCAAGGACCAUGUGGACUCCCUCCUAAGGAACAACGAGAAGAUAAACUGGGUGCCCCCGGAUAUCAAGUACAAGAGGUUCCAUAACUGGCUGGAGAAUGCAAGGGACUGGUCUAUUUCGAGAAAUAGGUUCUGGGGGACGCCGAUUCCUCUGUGGGUCACCGAGGACUAUAGCGACAUGAUAUGCAUAGGAUCUGUGGGCGAGCUUGAGGAGCUGAGCGGAAGGAAGAUCGAUGACAUACACAGGGAAUUUAUUGACGGGAUUGUCAUACACAGAAAUGGAAGGGAAUACCGAAGAGUUGAGGAGGUUCUUGACUGCUGGUUUGAAAGCGGAAGCAUGCCGUAUGCACAGGACCACUGGCCAUUCUGCAAAGAGAGCGGAGUUGACCUCGGAAGCCUCUCUGUAUCUGGGGGAGAAGAAAGGAACAAAAAGCUCGUGAAGGAGAACUUCCCAGCCCACUUCAUAGGAGAGGGGCUUGACCAGACAAGGGGAUGGUUCUACACACUCCAUGUGAUAUCCUCACUUCUGUUUGGGCAGCCUGCAUUUCUCAAUGUGGUUGUGAACGGGAUAGUGCUUGCAGAGGAUGGACGGAAGAUGAGCAAGAGACUGAGGAACUAUCCGGACCCAUCCCACAUAUUCAACACAUAUGGAGCAGAUUCUCUAAGAAUGUAUCUGAUAUCAAGCCCCGUUGUUGAGGCAGAAAACCUAAAGUUCAGCGAGGGGGGAGUCAAGGAGGUUCUGAAGACGCUGAUAAUUCCAUGGUACAACUCGCUAGGGUUCUAUCUGGAGAACAGAGAUGUGGAGCCUGAUGGGAGAUCCCUGCCCAUGGAUGGCUGGAUUACGGCUUCCUUCGAUAACUUUGCUUGGUCUUUGACCAGGAAAAUGAGGAAGUAUGAGCUUUCCUCUGUGCUGACCCUGGCACUAAGGUUUAUUGACGACCUGUCGAACUGGUACAUCAGGAUGUACAGGAAGGAGAUAAGGGCCGGGCACCAUGCCGUUCUUGGAGAGAUCUUGAAGAAGUUCUCAAUCGUGAUGGGUCCAUUCACUCCUUUCUUCAGCGAGUAUUCCUACCAGUCGCUCAAUCCCGGAGAAAGCGUCCACUUCCAGGAGUAUCCUGUGUGCAAGAAUGGGACACAUCCGUUUGAGAUGGCCAAGAGCAUCAUAGCAGCAGUAAGGCGCCUCAGAGAAACAAACUCGAUAUCUUUGAAGACCCCGCUGAAAAGCGCUACGCUGAUGAGCAGCAGCAGCCUAUACGAAGGGAUCAAGGAUUACAUCGAUGCAAUCAAGACGGAGUGCAACGUUCUGGAGCUGCUUUACAAGGAAGAAGACAGGUCUAUGUUCGACAUUACAGUGAAGCCCAACUUCUUGUCUUUGAAAAAAGACAAGGCCACCAUGAAGAAGAAGAUGAAAGUAAUCCAAGGCCUCACCGGCGACCAAGCAUACUCUCUCCUAAGCUCUCCACUGGUUGUGGAUGGCCUCGAGAUUCUUCGGGAUGACGUGCUGAUCGUAAAGAAAAUCCGAUGCGAAGGAAUCGCCCAGGAGUUUGGAGACUUCAGCAUAAUCAUUGACAAUACCCUGGAUGAGGGCAUGGUUAAGAUGAAGAUUGCAAGAGAGUUCCACAGCUACAUCCAGAAGCUUCGGAAGAGUGCAGGGCUGAGGGUCGGCGAUGAUGUAGUGGUGGAUAUCCAAUGCCCAGACCUGAAAGGCAUUGUAAGCAAAUACUUCGACAUCUCGUUUGGAAGUCUAGGCGCGCUAUCUGGAAGGGGAGAAUAUGAGUUUGAUGGAACUUUGUAUCCCGUUUCUCUUUACAAGAAACUCUAG